UACUGUGGCAUUCGUCAUUUUUCUGCCACUGCGAGCUGCUAUGGCCCGUCUCGGUCAGGGAUCCGCGUUGGCGCUGGUUUUCCUCGUUCUCUUUUGCAGCGCCACCGUUGUUUUUUCCCAGUGUAACACUCAGAGCGUUGACAGGACGCUGGAAGACGGAGCCACCGGUGGAGAUGUUGUAAAGGCGACGGCAGACAAGAUCCGGGAAUCCGGGAUAUUCGGCGACGACCACGAAUUUCUUCGACGAAUGGCCAAAGUGGAAUCGGACAAUGGAAGAAUAAUGGGUCCAGGAGGAAUAUGGAGGGUUGAUUUAGAAACUUUCAAAGACGUGGAUGUAUUCAUAUUGUUGCAACAAGAGACCCCUACACUGCAAUCUCAAUUCGAAGAACAUUUUUGCUUUUCUUGGUCUGUAGAAGUUACAUCCAGGGAAUACAGUGCGAUGGAUGUUCCAUUGUACUCCGCACUGACAGUGAUGGUUUAUUUGAGCUUAACUGGGCAAAUUAUUCCACAGAACACAGAGCAGCAGGCUGAGUUGUGGACCGAGCAUCUGAACAGAAAUGGGGAUGAACAAGAGUUUAUCAGUAUUUCAAGGUCAUUAAGAGAUGCAGACAACGAGUGCCGAAUAAAAGGAGUGGACAUGGUGUUUGUGAUGGAUGAGUCGGGAAGUGUUGGAGCAAGUAAUUUCGAAAAGAUGAAGCAGCUGGCAAUUGAUAUCACAGAAAGUUUUGAAAUAGGGCCUGAUCGCACCCAAGUUGCCUGGAUUAGCUUCGCGUCAUAUGCUCGGGUGGUAUUCAACCUGACCGAUUAUUCCACCAAGGACACACUUCACGAUGCAAUUCGUGGUAUUACGUACGGGGGUGGAGGCACUGCAAUUGGGAGAGCGUUGGAGACUCUGCGUACAGAAGGAUUUGUUGGUGGUCGCAACAACUUUGAUACGCCCGAGGUUGCUAUUGUAGUUACUUAUGGGCAGACAAAUGCUGGAAUUGACACAAGUACUGCUGCAGAUAACUUGCGUAGAGAUAGAAAUGUGAAUGUGUUUGCGGUGGGAGUAGGGACAGGCGUAGAUACUGCUGAACUGGCAAUAAUUGCUUCAGCUGGAAUUGAAAGCACGCAGGAUCGCACACAGCUUAUAGAUGGCUUCAUAGACAAUCAACUCAACAUACUCCAGCAGCUAAUCAGGGCCCGCACUUGUUUCGAUGCUAUGUUUUCUGACAAUCUUCAAUCGAUUGAAAGACUGAAUGCGGCCAAUGUGAGCAUACCAGAGGGGGUAACGGUUCAUGUUGCUGUCGAAUGCCCAUUGGAAGGACUCACUGUCAAUGCAUGUGGACGCACAGGAACUACUAUUCUCUACUUCUCACGGUCAAGUAGCCCCAACAGCGCUAACUAUGAAAUUAUCUUUACCAUAAUGGCCGGGCAAUGCCGUAAUACCUACAUUGACUGUGUUCCCAUGAGGAUCUUUAUGACAGUAGAGGGGAUCGCAGAGACCAAUGAGUACAACUUGACUGCAAUGACUGGGGAUAUUUCCACUUUGCAAGGCAUGUGCUAGCCAUGCACUGUUACAGAUAGGGCUUGCUAUACUAUCGUUGUAUAUAAUUCCAUUGUACUUAUACUUUUUUCUGUGUUUGUAGUUAACCUGCAGUGCAGUAAGAGGGUGGACGAUGACCGACAGAGCGUUGUCGUCAGCUGUAGACAUGACAGAGAGCUUGUUGAUGCCCGGUGCUCUAUCAACAAUGCUCCACCACAGCAAUGCACACUACCAUGGAAGGUUGCUUUCACACCGCCUACAAAAGUGUAUGACCUUCAGAUCAGUGUGACUGACACUCUCCAACUGAAUGACACAGCUCAACUCGAACACACAGUUGGUCCCCUAGUAUUGGACUGCUCACUCAAUCCACAGAUGGAGAUCGAAUGCUUGUCCAGCAAUCAACUGGACCUUAAUCAGACCGUCUGUUCCUUCAGAGGGAACACCAUAGACCACUGUAUACUUCCAUAUAAGAUUGAUGUGAAAGGGUGGCCACUUGGUACACACAUAAUACACGUGUCAGCUACCGAUGUGUUUGGAUCCUCGGCUGAGGCAGCUUUUGAGUACAUCGUUGUCGCAGACAGGGUGGGGGAUGACAUGGUCUUUAGUACUGUACUGGACAUCAGCCCGAUAGAGGUGGGAGUCAAUGAUCAAACUGUCUCGCUGUGCUACCAAGUCCACGGAGAAAAAGAAAAGUUUUACAAUCUUGUCAGUGAUGAUUGUCUCUCAGUCAAUGCCCACGUAACCCAGCCCGUCUCCGGAGUUAAAUCACACGUGAUCGACAAGAUUGGCAUCCGUGCCAUUGGAAACAACGCAACGUAUUGCUACGAUAUCGGAAUUACUCGUGAAAACUGUGCAGUUACUGUAAAUGGGAAUCCUAUUUCUGUUAACGAGAAGUUUACAGCGGAAGGAAUCGAGGUCUUCAACGACAGAAUGAUUGCCAGAAAUCCAAACGUCAUUCGUAUUUCGGUUCCAAAUUGCGGGAGGGCAUUAGUCGAUGCGAUGCAAAUCACCUGCACUGAGUACAACAUGAGAGUCUCUCGCAUGGAAACCGAACCAGUCGAAGUCCUCGAACUCACCACCACGCGAGGAAUUUCACCAAUUGAAGCGGCGCAUGGCUUAGUUGGUCAGUUCUGGGGCAGAUUCAUGCUGGGAAGGUCACAGUCCCCACUCCCAUCACCACGACAGCGAUACGACAAGGCAGUGAUGAUAUUCCACGAUGCAACGCUCCAACGAUUCGAUGGAUUCGUACGCAGGAGCUGGUCUCACAGCAGGGAGAUGUGCUUCUACGCUGGGGACAGGCAGGGCUAUCCUGUACUACAGGGAGAAUAUGGGGAUUAUGAGGUGGAAACCAUGUUUGGUACUGAGUAUCCCUUCUCGAGGUUCAAAGAAGACAUGUGCAUGAGCGAAGAGAGUUCUAUGUGAUGAAGGAUAAAGAUGAGAUUGCAAUAACAGACUAUAUAACUAAACUUUCCUGACUUUUUUACAAUGUAAUGGACUAUUAUAAAAUUCUGCAUUAUUUUUGCUAUUGUACAGCAUAACAAUGAAAUAUUUUGCACAUAGCCAAGAAAAAUGAAGAAUUAUACAUGUGAAUUAACAGUAGGUUAGCAUAUUAGUAAGCAUUUAGGUUGAGUAUAAUAAUUAUAGAGAUAAGUUUUAAUAAUCUGUGGAAUCUUUUCCUGUUGUCAUUCACACACACACACACAUACACACGAUACAAAACGGGUGACUGAUUACGGGGACAAACAAAUCAACUAAACAUUGAUGGGCUUGAUGCAAAGAUACCCCUUCCUUCUCUUGAUGCUGUUUGCGAAACUGACAAUCUGACACACCAGUACAACCACCAGCAGCAUCAGAACAAACCCAGACAGCACUCCAGGUAUGACUGUCACAAGAAUUGACUGUUUCGUGGUCACGCAGAGGUGUGUUGAAUUCGGGGCAAUGUCCGAAGACUGAAAAGGAAUAUAUGCGAGAAUGGUAUAGUCUUCAGUCGAGAAGGUGUUUUCGGGGAUUGGGAUCUCGCACGAUCCACCGGCUGCUAAAUUGCACUCCAUCCGCUCUUUCGGCAGGUACUUGGUAUAGUUGAGGUAAACUACGUGAAUGUUGGAGUGAUAGUGCAGCUCUACGUGUGGCGGUAGUUUGUA